UGCCUUUUAAAGACAGAAUAGGCGUCGCUGCGGAUUGGUUCCAGACCGCGUGGGAAGGUUUUCCUCAUUAGCAUAAUGGGCGUGGCCUCGCCUUGACUUCCGGGUGUUUGGAAGAUGGCCGUGGCGGUGAUGGAGCCUGUGCUGGAAGGGCUGGAGGAGCCCUUAUUGGGGCCUGAGGACGAACACCGAAGCAGAUCUGGAGAUGUUAUGGAAACGCUACAGCAUUAUAAGAGCAGAUGGAGAGCCAUUCGGAUAAUGUACCUUACCAUGUUCUUCAGCAGUGUUGGUUUUUCUAUUGUAAUUAUGUCAAUAUGGCCAUAUCUUCAAAAGAUAGAUAAAACUGCAGAUGAAAGCUUCCUUGGCUGGAUUAUUGCAUCAUAUAGCAUUGGUCAGAUGAUAGCUUCCCCCUUCUUUGGAGCAUGGUCGAACUACCGUCCAAGAAGAGAGCCUCUUAUAGUUUCAACUACUAUUUCUGUGGCUGCUAAUUGCCUCUAUUCUUAUGUCCAUUUACCCACUUCUCACAACAAAUACUACAUGCUGGCCGCUCGAGCUCUGGUAGGAUUUGGUGCAGGAAAUGUAGCAGUAGUUCGGUCAUACAUUGCAGGUGCUACUUCUCUUGCCGAACGAACAGGUGCUAUGGCAAACACUAGUGCAUGUCAAGCAGUGGGAUUCAUACUGGGACCAGUUUUCCAGACUCUUUUUACACUCAUUGGAGAAAACGGAUUUACUUGGAAAACCAUUCAUCUCCAGGUGAACAUGUACACCGCACCUGUUCUGUUUGGAGCUCUUCUAGGAAUUAUUAACAUUGUUCUCAUAGUUGCUGUAUUUAGAGAACAUCGUGUAGACGACUUGGGACGGCCACAAAAUAGCAUUAACUGUGAAGCAAAAGAAAAUGAUGAAGUGGAUCAGGAAACCCAAGCUAACAUUGAUCAUGUGGCUGUUGUAUCAACAAAUUUCCUUUUCUUUGUCAUCUUAUUUGUUUUUGCAGUUUUUGAGACCAUAGCUACACCAUUGACAAUGGAUAUGUAUUCCUGGACCAGGAAAAAAGCAGUGUUUGUCAAUGGCAUAAUCCUUGGUGCACUUGGUAUUGAAUCAGUCAUCGUAUUUGUAGCAGUUAACACCCUUUCUAAAAGAACUGGUGAACGUGCUAUACUUUAUGGAGGCCUAGUGAUUAUCUUGGUUGGAUUCUUUAUCUUAUUACCUUGGGGAAAGCAGUUACCUAAUAUCCAGUGGGAAGACGUGAAGAAUAAUUCUAUUCCAAGAACUACCUUCAGUGAAACUCUUGCCUUGUUUUGGACACUGCAAACCCAGCUUCCAUCCAAUAAUACGGUUGAAACCACUGGGUGCCCUAUUACACAGACCUGGUGCCUCCAUACUCCAAUAAUCCAUCUGGGUCAAUACAUCACUACAGAUAUUCUAAUAGGUCUGGGUUAUCCAGCCUGUAGUGUUAUGUCGUACACCUUGUAUUCAAAGAUCUUAGGACCAAAGCCUCAGGGAAUUUACAUGGGCUGGUUAACUGCCUGUGGAAGUGCUGCCCGUAUACUUGGCCCAGUCUUUGUCAGCCAACUCUACACACACUUGGGACCUCGCUGGGCUUUCAGCUUCAUCUGUGGAAUUAUUGUUCUUUCUCUCUUACUCUUGGAAGUAGUGUAUAAGAGACUUGUUGCAUUUUCUGUCAGACACGAGAGGCUACAAGAGCAACGUUUUUAACUAUGGGUAACUGCUGAUCUGUUUGAGCACCACUGUUAGUGCAGAAGUGCAAUUACAAUAACAUGUUGAUUAGGAGACUUGUGUUGUGUUCAAUAAGGAACAUGAUUGGCGACUAUGAUCAAAGUAGUACCAAAAGCUCUAAUACGUAUAGUUGAAGAGAUGACACAACAACCCGGACUCCACUUUCUAAUGCACUUAUACUUUUUAAAAUCUUGAUUCUGUGAAUCAGGUCUCAUGAAACUUUUUCAUAUUGAACUUGAAUUCUUUAUGCUUCAUAAAGCAUAUGAGACCUCUUAAAUUUUAAUAGAUCUUAACAAGGCUUGACAGAAAAUGCUGCAGGUAAACGUAUCUCACUGUAGAUGCCUUAUCUUGAUGAAUAUGUGUGUGAAUAGAAUAGAACUGGAUAAGAACAAUAAUUUGUCAUGCUCUU